UCGAGUCACGUGACAUGAACCCGCGAUCACAUGACGGGCAGAUCAGUGACAGGGAAGAGGAGUGGAGAGGGGGAUGAAAUAGCGUAAAAUAAUCAGAAAACGACACAAUUGCAUGGUGAUUUUAUGGUGAAGGUGUGCGGGAUGUGAGUGAGGAGCGUUCCGGGGUUGUGGGUCUGGUUUUUGCGGAGUUUUUGUGUUGUUUUUCGGGGCUCUUUGCGGCCUUGUGGUUCAGGGUGCACGCAUACUUCCGUACUACACAGCACGCGACAGCGCAACUUCAGCAUCAUCAUGACCUCCUGGGAUGCAAGAAUCUCCUCUUUAUUAUUCAGUCCCACUCAGUUCUUGUCUCGCACCACCUCUGAGAUGUUUUUAGCAGAACUUCUGGACAAUCUGAGGGAUGACAAAACAAAUGACAGCAAGAAGAUACUCCUGUUGUCCGUAUUCUUGGAGCAUCCCACGGUCCUUUGCACGACCACGUCCGCUGGAGAGCAGACGGCGCAUGAGCUCGUCUCUAUUCUCAACUGUACUCCACAGAAAUCGGUCGGUCUAAAAUGCCACCUCCUGCUGGCCAUCACCAGUGUUUUGAUUUGCACCUCGUGCUUGGCCGACCGAACCAAAGUCGCGGAGGACUAUUUGAGCUUUUUGUUUUCAUUGAUUCAGGACACAAACGAUAAUGUGGGAGGUCCGACUCAUCACGCGGUCAGAGCCGGGGCUUGCGAGUGUCUCAGAGAAAUGGAAACCUGCCAGCCAGGCCUUCUGUCUCAAAAGCUCGAGGCUCUUUAUUACCUUAAGCAGCAGGAAACCACCGUUCUGCAUCAGUCCUAUUGCAUGCUCUACACAGAGGUGCUCAAGAACGCGAUCCGAUUUUUGACACAAGAAAAGGAUGUGGAUAACGCUAAGCUUCGAGUCUUAGCGGGAAAUGAAGGCUUUUUGUGGAAGUUUCCCCAGUUUACAAAGUCCAACCUGUCUGUCAGCAUGGCUCAAGCUUCACAACUACCGACAACGCUGGACUUCAAAGAGCUGAAGUCCAUAAUGUCCUUAAUCUUGGAGGAAUCGUACUUGAUGACGUCACCCUCACAGGCCGCCUUGCUUAGGGGGCUUGUCGAGGUGGUAGCGAUGGUACCAGGCAUCUCUCCGGCCAUAUUCAAGUCUCAGUUGCUCAGGCUUUUCGGAACGACUGAGGUCGAGCUGAUGCACGCCACCCUGUUUAUGAAAGGCACGUUCACAGAUAGCCUCUUUACUGCUGAGGACGAACAUUUCUUGCUUAAGCGGCUCGUAGGAAUGGCGCAACAUCCCCUUCUGAGAGUUCCCGAGAAGCUCUUUUACAUUGACUGCAUUCUUCACUUUCCUGAGAACAGACCUAUCUCUAGCAGCGGAGAGGAGUGCUUGCCUGUCCUCAUUACCCCUAAGCUUACUCUAUCCCUCUUCCCUAGUGUAUUCAAUGACAGCACCACAAUGCUUUCUAGACUGAACCUUCUCUGCCUGGUACACCUCGAGGCAAAUGAGGAGGAGGACGGCCAAGGUUUGGGAUAUCUGCUCAAUCAUGUGAUGGCUCUGCUCAGAAUAGUGGACAAAAACGGCAGCAGGGAAACUGUGGUGACCUCUUUCAGAGCGAUUUACGUAUUCCUCGUGCACUUCAACCACAUGGAGAAUCUCUCAGAGAAACUUGUCCAUCGGUUACGCGAGCUGUUUUCCAGAAAUUGUCACCUCGCGCCAAAUCUGAUCAACCUCACCGACCGGAUCCAGGAACGCCUUGAGGAUUCGCUUUGGUCGGUCCGGUUGUUGAAAGCUCUUCAAAGGUGCAUUGUGGAAAUGCCUUCUUUGCAACUAACCCUUCAAAGCUUAGGUUGGCAUCUCAAAAUCUUGGCUCGGGUUGCACAGGAGAGUCAGAUCACGCAGAAAAGUAGUAUCUGCUUCCUCCGUGACAUCCUCGUCAAUUCGAACCUUUGCGAAAGGAGGAGCUGGCACGUCGGUACCGCUAUCCUCGCGGUAUGCCGCAAUUUGCUUCAGCACCCUACGUUGAACCAAAUGUUCAUUGAACUGGCAGAUCUUCUUCAGCACAUGUCCAGACACUACGAGGACACGGACAUUCAAGACCACGCUCGGUUUUACUACACCCUCCUUACCAACUUGUCUUGGAAAAACUUGCCAGUUCUCGCCAAUGCCCCCAUCGGAGGACAGGCAAAAAUCCGAUCCUUGUCUACCAUCACUGCAAACGAAGAACUUGGCAGUUGUUCGAUAGUUCUCCAGACGGAGAGUUGUAUCAUUCAGCUUGAAAAGAUUUCCCCAAAUGAUUCUCAGGAUUUAGUUCAAACUGCAGAAGUCCCGACUCAGAAGGACUUAUACGAGUUUUACCAAGAGCAACUAAAAACCCCCGGCUUUGCCUCAGAGGUCACGUUGAGGUACAACCUGACUCACGCAAACCUCACGGAUCCUAGAUUCGAUCGUAUCUUCACCAUAUGCUUGCAUUUUGACGCAGACAUGUCGCACUAUGCGAAAGUCGAAGACAUCUACGUGCCGUGCCUUUUCAGAGACAGGAAGCCGCAACGAGUCAGCGUGAACCUGAAGCCGUAUCACCCGUACCCAACAAGAUUACGAGUGAGCGCCAUUUUCACCACGGAAGACGGCCAGUCCUGGCACACUCAUCUACCUGAUGUUAGAGUGUCAUUCCCUGAGAUAUUUCUUCCUGUCCCUUUACCGCUAGGUACACCGCCUCAACUUAAAGAGGACAUGUUUGAUCGGAUUUGGGAUGCGCUAGCAUCCGGGGAACCGAGCGCUUCAGAGACGAGCCUCUUUUGUUUUAAGGCUGAAGGUGACACUCUAGCGGAUCUGAUUAAGAAUUUCCAGAGGUACGUGAUUUCACAAGGACCGAACGGGUGGAAGGUCCUGUUUUUCCUUCCACCAACAUUUCAUGUUUUAUUGAAUAUCAGAGAGGGCGAGGACAGUGUUCAAGUCAGCGUCGCGACAGACAACUGGGAACUGCUCCCUCACGUCAACUCCUACUUACAAAGCCUAACAGUGCCCUGUAACACAGCAACAGACAACAGAUCUGGAAUUGAGGAGCUCCGGGGUCCUGAUAUACCUUGUUAGCUGUUGUUGAAUUUUUAUUGAAAUUGAUUGAAUAUGUAUUUUUUUAAUUGCUUGUCUUGAAAAUACAAUUGUUUGCACCGAAUGAUAUUUUGAUGCCAAAGAAAUUUACAGUAUGGUGUAUAUUGACAAAUAACUCAAAUUGCAGUAUUAAUAAAAGAAAAAU